AUGAUGGACAACGAAGAUAAAACUUCGUUUGAUAAGAACAUGUUCCAACAGAUGUCUUCGUCUCAUUCUUCAUCGACAUCUGAUCAAGAUGAAAUCAUAGCAAGAAGAAAACUUGAACAAAAACGUCGAUUUCAGCAGAAACAAGGCAAUGCACAUAAAGACGCGGAUUCAUUGAUGCAAUCGAUGUUUUCAGAUUUUAAAUUACAGCCAAAACCUCUGGUACAAAACUCUUCAGAAGAAAAUCGUUCAAAUCUACAUAUAUCAGUACUGAAACCUAAUCCAGUAACACAACAAUCUCAAUCACAUGUAUCAGUGCCUGGUGCAGCUGAUUGGUCGAAAAUCGCAUUUGAUGAUGAAUUAAAAACGGUUUUUCAUCAAGAAGAAAACAUUCCAGUUCAGAAUACAAAACAAUCCAUUACAUUUCAUCAUUCCACUGAACAAACACUACUACCUGCAUCUAGUUUUGUUUACCCAUCUUGGUGUUUACAACCGAUUGUCUUUCUUCCGCUUGUCUAUCAACAAGUAUUCGAAGCGUCAUGUGUUUCUAAUGUUAUUCAAACAUCAGUUCUCUAUCCAAUUCUUCUCUUAUCUGGUCUUCGGCAAGAUCAAUUAAGUCAAAUUUGGUCUCAAGUGAAUCUAACACAACCAGGGACAUUAUCAAAAGAAGAACUGUUCAUGGCCUUAGCUUUAAUUGCAUUAGCACAGAAUACUAAUGGACAAAUUUAUCCAAAUGAAUAUCUUUGUCAUUUGACUGACAUCCCAGUACCACAUUUUCAAAUUCAACAGGAACAAGAGCAAACACAACCAUCAGUACCAACGCCGCCACCCCCGCAAUCAGUUUAUCAUCAAGAUGAUUUUGCUGAUUUUACAUCUUUCGAACAAACAAAUGAGAGUACAAAUGGUGUUACUUUACUCGAUUUCGAGGAAAAUCAUUUGUAUCCGCCAGAUAUGAAAACUACAUCAUCUGAAACACAGUCUAUUGCAAGUUUGGAAUUACCUAUGCCAAUCACAAAUACCAAUCAUCAAGAUAAUACUAGUCAAAAAGGAAAUAGUGAUAAUGUCUCCUAUUCAUCUUCUUCGAAUACAAAUGAUGUUGCAGCAACCAUUGAUACACAAAGUAUACAUUCAAUACCUUCGACUGAACCGUCAAAACUCGAAUUAACUCAAUUUUCCUUUUUCUCUGAUGACACUUCUCAGCUUGAUUCUCACAUGACUGUAUGGAUACGUUGCUUUGAAAAAUGUCGUGAUAUUUUAUCUCAAGCGAAUGAAAUCUUUUCGUCAAUUGAAAGUCCAACAUUAUGUACUGAAGUUUUGCAACAAUCACGUACACGUGAUUAUGUUCAACAUUUGCAAGAAAUAUUUCAUGUUCAUAAACGAAUCUAUACAGCAGCGGUUGUCGAACCAACGACAACAAAUCAACUCACAUCACUUUGGAAAGAAAUUAUCGUCCUAUGGAUGAAUUUACAAUCAUUCUUCUCUACUGCACAUCUUCAUCUAUUAAAUGGUGAUGACAUUGAUUAUUCAUCAUUAUUGAUGAAUGAUACAUCAUCAUAUUGUUCAAUUUGUCUCCUUUCAACUGUUGGUCUUGAUUCAGUAUUACCAAAUUCUUCGUCUUCACUGUUCAACACUGCAUGUUUAACAUUUGCUGGUCGACUAUAUCAUGCACCUUGUGCCAAUUUUUAUUUGAAUCUCAUCGAUGGCAUUUUACCAUCGUUAAGGAGAUCAUCAUAA